GCUCCUCUGCACACACCCACUUAUACACCCACUCAUACUCAUACACAUACACAUACAGAUUCAGAUUCACAAACGUACCUACGUGUGAUCCUUCUCUUGUUCUCUCUCUCACACUCUCUCACACUCUCUCACACUCUCUCUCACACCCACACACGCUCAUUCACUCACACAAUAAGCAAUGUCCUACACAGGCGAGGAACCCUCCGGCGUGCCUCCGGUGCCGCCGCAGCCGCCAAUGAUGGGGCCCGGCUCUGCCACGGCCGAUCAAACCAGCGUCGUCUCCGGCGGCAAGCUCGGCGGCAAGGGCAAAGGCAAGGGAAAAGGCAAGGGCAAGCGCGGUGGAAAGACGGGCGGCAAGGCGGGUAGGCGUGAUCGCAUGUCUCGUGCCGCCCGCGCGGAGUUGAACUUCCCGGUGGGGCGCAUCCACUCCCGCUUAAAGGAAGGGCUCUUCCGCAAGCAGCGCUGUGGUGCGUCGGCGGCCAUCUACUGCGCGGCGCUGCUGGAGUACUUGACGACGGAGGUGAUUGAGCUCUCCGGGGCGGCCGCCAAGGGGCAGAAGACGGAGCGUAUCAAGCCGCGUCACCUGCUCCUGGCGAUUCGCGGAGACGAGGAGCUGAAUCAGGUAGUGAAGGCCACCAUCUCUCGCGGCGGUGUCGUGCCCAAUCUGCACAAGGCGCUGGAGAAGAAGCCAAAGAAGAAGAGCGCCAAGCGAGCUGCGUAA